CAGGCUCACAUGCUGACAGAGGCUGAAGGGGAAACGAGGCACACACGCUCAGUGUCAGGAUGAGCCAGUGGAAACAGAUUCAGCAGCUUGAGAUCAGACUUCUCGAACAUGUGGAUUAUCUGUACGAUGAUAACUUCCCCAUGGACAUCAGGCAGGGUUUAGCGGGCUGGAUCGAGUCUCAGGACUGGGACACAGCGGCAAACGAUGAGUCGAUGGCGACCGUGCUGUUGGCCAACCUGCUGUCGGAGCUGGAGCGAGUGCGCUCACAGGAGCAGAACUUCCUGCAGAGACACAACAUGAAGAUCAUACAGCAGCAGCUACAGGUGAAAUACAUGUCCACCCCUGCAGUCAUGGCCAGAGUUAUCUCCACUUGCCUCAGGGAAGAGCGGAGGAUCCUCUCCAGCGCAUGCAUGCAGGAACAGGGUCCUCUUGAGAAAUCCCUGCAGAGUUCUGUGGCGUUUGAGAGGCAGAAAAACAUGGACAACCGUGUCGGGCUCAUCCGAGGCAGCGUGCAGUUGAUGGACCAAGCUGUGAAGUACAUCGAGGACAUGCAGGACGACUUUGACUUCCGCUACAAGACCCUCCAGUCUCGAGAAUCGACGGAUAGGAACUCUGAGAUGAUGAAACAAGAAGUAACGAGGCUGCAGGAAAUGCUGAACAGGCUUGACUUUAAAAGGAAGGAGAUCCUGUCAAAAAUGGAUAUAGUGAUAAAGGAGAUUGAUGACCUGAUGACCUCUCAGCUCAGCCCCGAGCUGCAGGACUGGAAGCGCAGGCAGCAGAUCGCCGCCAUUGGGGGUCCGAUGCUCACCGGGCUGGACCAGCUGCAGAACUGGUUCUCUCUGACAGCACAGAGUCUUUUCCAGAUCAAGAGACAGCUGGACAAACUGGGCGAGCUGGUCGUGAAGGUCACCUAUGAGAGUGACCCGAUCCCCCUGCAGAAACCUCAGAUGGAGGAGAGAGUCAAAUGCCUCCUCUACCACCUCAUCAAAAGCUCAUUUGUGGUGGAGAAGCAGCCCUGCAUGCCCACACACCCACAGAAGCCCCUCAUCAUCAAGACCGGAGUACAGUUCACCACAAAAGUCAGACUCCUGGUCAAACUUCCAGAGGUGGAUUAUCAGCUCAAAGUGAAAACAACAUUUGACAAGGACCUCCCCCCUGGCAGAGUAAGUCGUCAGUUUUUCAUCCUGACCAACAACACUAAAGUCAUGGACAUAGAGGAUUACUCAAACGGCUGUCUCUCUGUGGAGUUCAGACACCUGCAGCUGAAAGAGAAGAAGUACAUCAACGGAACGAAGGGGAAUGAGGGUCUCCUCACCGUGACAGAGGAGCUCCACUCGCUCAGUUUUGAGGCAUGUUUCACAGUCCAAGGUCUCACCAUCGAUCUGGAGACAUGUUCCCUGCCUCUGGUGGUCAUUUCCAACGUGAGCCAGCUGCCUGGAGGAUGGGCCUCGGUCAUGUGGUACAACCUUCUGACAGACGAGCCCAGGAGCCUGGCCUACUUUGGAAACCCGCCUCGGGCCACAUGGAGUCAGCUCUCAGAGGUCCUCAGCUGGCAGUUCUCCACCUUCGCUGGUCGAGGCCUCAACAAGGAGCAGCUAAGCAUGCUGGGAGAGAAACUGCUUGGCCAGCAUGUCUCCUGUAGUGAUUAUCAAGUCACCUGGUCAAAGUUCUGUAAGGAGAACAUUCCUGGAAAGCCCUUCAGUUUCUGGAUGUGGUUGGAUUCAAUCCUGGAGCUCAUCAAGAAACACCUGCUACCUGUUUGGAAUGAGAACUACAUCAUGGGCUUUGUGAGUAAAGAGAUGGAGCGAGCUUUGCUGAAGGACAAAGAGCAAGGCACUUUUCUCCUUCGCUUCAGUGAGAGCCACCUCGGAGGAAUCACCUUCACCUGGGUGGAGCACAACGAAAACGGAGAGGCGAGGUUAAACUCUGUGGAGCCGUACACUAAAAACCGCCUAAGUGCUCUUCCAUUUGCUGACAUCAUUCGAGACUACAAAGUGAUCUCAGAAGGGGUUGUACCAGAGAAUCCGCUCAAGUUCCUCUACCCAAAUAUCCCAAAAGAUGAUGCCUUUGGACGUCUUUACAACAGUCAGCCGAGCAAAGUCUAUCCAUAUAUACCGUCCACCCUGAUCCCCAUCUCUGAAUUACGCUCUAAUGUGAGCACCUCAUCGCCCUCCUCCUGUCGGUCUCCUGAACCACCGAUGACUCCUGGAGAGUUUGACAUGCUGAAUGAGCAACUGUGCUUUGGCAUCGAUACUAUGAGCUCGCCGUAUUCAGAGUAACGCCAGGUGAACAAACAGCAUUUUUCUUAAGUGAUGGAAGUUUUAUACCUUUGUUGGCCGACUGUUUGGAUUGUAUUAUCAUUCUGUGACCACAUUAUUUUGGAUAUCUGUAUUUAAACUUUAGAUUGUUUUAUUUACUUUCAGAGAUUUUUUUUUAUACCUGGACUGAUGUUUGCCUCUCAGGAGUCAUCACUGGUAUUUUCAGUUGUACAAUUAUAUACUUUUGUGUUUUGUGUUUUGUUUGUUUUGUAUUUUUCUUUUAUUGGUUACUGUAACUGUGUGAUAAUGUGAAUUUGUCUUUUUUUU